UAAUAAUGCAGCUGCAUUUCGAGAAAUUUUGGUUAUUGACAGCGCUGCUCUAUCUUAGCGGCAUCGGUUUGGGCAAUCGUCUAAUGCUGGCGGAUGCUUGGGUAGCGCGUGGCAAUUAUCAUAAUGAUGCGCAUCCCGGCAAGUGUGCCAUCACCGAAACAUUGAUCAUCUCGCCUGGCGAGUCUGUGAAAUCUCCAACUCAAUGCGCUCAGAUUCAUUGCGGCAAUGCAGAGGGAGAUGCGCGUAUUGUUGGUUGCGGCUCAGUUGGUGCGCCAGAUGGCUGUAAGUGGGGCGAUUAUGUUGACAAAAAUGCACCCUUCCAGCAAUGUUGUGCUCGGCAUCUGAUCUGCGAUGGUGGUUUGAACAAUGAGACGCAGCGUCUUCAAGAGCAUAUUUGGGGAAUGUUCGCUCCGAAACUGAAGAAUGUAGGAAUUCAGGGUGCCGCAGAAACGAAGGAGUAAAUAGAGAUGGAAUUUUCGGAGUCAGGAGGACACCCAUGGUAAAAUCUAGAGAACUAAAAAAAACAUGUGUUAAGUUCGUUUAGUUCUUAGUUUUUGUUAUGAAAAUUGUGAUAAUAUUUUGUUGUUUUUGGU